AUGGAUCGACACGACCUGGUACACACUCUGGAAGCCGCCUUGAUACCUUACUGGCUGCUGAAGAUAUGCAACCGGGUAUCUCGUUCUGAAUUCCUUCCCAAUCUUGCAAGAAUCGAGGUCGCCUUCCUGGGAGCAGGAAAUGCAGAGAUACUCGAAGUACUCCUAUUCCCCUCACUCAAAAGCCUUACAAUUCAUGGCACACUCGGUGAAGAGAGCGAUGGAGAGAAUCAUGCCAUUAUUGUGUCCCUCAUCGAACAGUUACCCAACAGCUGUCCAAAUCUUACCGAUUUGCGCCUUCCCUUCCAAGAACACUGCGCUGCUGCCAUGGCCAGUUGCUUGAAGCGGCUGCCUAGCUUGCAUACUGUCCAUCUUCCGAGAGUUGGACGCGAUGCUGCUCUCUUCGACGCAUUCAAGACACUGGAAAUACUCGACCUCGAGAUUGGAGAAGGCACGCUUUCACAACCUAAUAAAGAAGAGGUGCAGCGCAAACACGAUGUACGCUGGUUGCUUGCCAAAGCCACCCCUACGGUGCUUCAUCCUGGGGAUUUCAGUCGUCUUCGUGUUCUAUCGAUGGACACCACCGUCGAAUUUGCCACAUCAUUCCUGAAAUCCUGCACCCCCUCGCUCACCUCUUUCGAAAUCAAAUGCAUCUGGUCAAAUAUUGAGCAAGUACAGGAUUUACUAGGCCAGCUCACGACCCUAGCAAAACCUGGUGGAGAAUAA